AUGGUCUUUAGUGGCAGAAGCUUAGGUAUUGCAGCUCUGUUUUGCUGUAUAGUCUUGGCGUUCAUACGACGUGAGCAGAUUAGAAACAAUCGUGUUACAUGGUCAGGCCUCAGAAGCUUCCUUAACGGAGGCGAACGUAUAAGCCAAGGUUUUACUGAAGAUAUUGAAGCCGGUCUCACGUCGAAUGAAUUCGAUUUAGCGGCACAUAAUGCAGACGAUCAGAGGAAUGGUCUCGACGAUGAUGCCAAAAACCAAAUCAAAGACAUUAUGAAUCAAGACCGAGUGGAUUUCAAUCAAGCAAGACUCACAUAUCUGCGGCGUCAAUUCAGUAACAAUAACAUCGCUGCAGAUGGAAUGCCCUUGGAUCCCAAAGCUGUAGCUUUCGGAAAAUAA